AUGGUGAGGACCGGUCCGAAACGGACAAAGGCAGACUGGGAUACCCUGGCAGCGAAAUUGGAGGACAGAUGGUACGAGAUCGUCAAGGAUGAGAAGCAAACAGGCGACGCGAACGCAGACGACGAAGCGGCAAAGAAGAUGCAUCUCAUCACUUUUUACCCGAUGCUUGCGGCGAGGGAGAACGGAGUUACUAUCCCGGACGUAUGUCUGCCUUCGGCCUCUUACUUGUUCCCGGCACUCGUUUCUCCUCCCCGGUCUCGUCUCAAGGUCCUGGGUGAUGCUGACGUGGUGGCUGCACAGGCUGGCACCGAAUCCUCCUGGCUGAGAGAUUAUAUGCCGUUCUUCAAGGCCCAGGCUUACGAGCACGGGGACGAGGAUUUCCGCAAGAUGCUCAAUGAGAUCGAGACGAGGGAGGAUCUGAAGGCCUUGUUGAAUCGUGAUGGUUGA